AUGGCGGCUAAGCAGCAAGAAUCGAGACUUUCCUUGAAGCUUUUGAUAGAUGAGAAGAGCAAUCGAGUAGUUGCUGCGGAAGCGCACAAGGAGUUUGUGGAAAUACUUUUCAGCUUCCUCACCCUCCCUAUGGGAACGAUAAUCAGGGUCACCAGCAGUGGAGACACAAAAAACCCUGUAACAUCAAUCGGGUGUAUGAACAAUCUGUACCGUGCUGUUGAAAAACUGAGCAAUGAAAAUUGGCAGACAGAGAACUGCAAAACCAUUGUGCUUCGUCCUCGAAAUCCACUAGGGAACUACAGCCAGAAGUUGAAACUGAACAUCGAUGAAUCUUGGUCCAAUACGUACUACCGUUGUUCUCGGUGCUGUAUAUGGAUGAGCUGGUACCCAAAUUUAAGCUGCACAUGUGGAGGGAAGAUAACCCGUACAACUACGGCUGGGAUAAAGAAUGAGGGUGCGUUUUUGCAGAAGGGGAGGACAAUGUUCAUAAUCAGUGAUGAUUUACAAAUCAGACCUUCUUGUCCAAGCGUUCUAGCUCAACUUCUAUACAAUCUGGGUUUAAGUGAUAUGGAUGGAAUCCGGGAGAUGUUGGUAGAAGUUAGCAAGGAGCAGGUAAUCUUUCUGCUUGCACGUUCACUGGUUUCAGAGUCUGCUUUGAGUGAUGUGUUUCUGCCUAAUAAUCCUACAAAACAUGAGACAAAAUUCCCUAAGCCUGAGACUGAGAGUACAUUGCAGACAACUGAACAAAAUGAGGCCCCCACCCCCACUCUGAAUCUUCAAGUAACAUUAAACAAGUCAACAAACAAGAUAUUGUUUGCUAAGGCCACUAAUGAGUUCUUUGAUUUCCUCUGUACCUUUCUAACCAUUCCUCUUGGAUCAAUCAUACAUGUCCUUAAAAGAAACUUUGGGGGGUUAGGAGGAUGCAUAAACAACUUGUACACUAGUGUAGAGGAGUUGGAAGAUAAAUGGUUUGGCUCUAGUGCGAAGUCUGAUAUUCUCAAUGCUUGGAUUGCACAAUAUCAUAACUGCAAGAAGCAGCCUCUUAAUUUGGAUGAACUAAUAGAGAGCAAACUUCUGCUUGACCCUAGGCCUAACCAGAAUUUUGCAGGGGAACCUUUGUUAUUCGUAGUUUUAGACAAUUUGGACGUGAAGCCUUUGUCUUCUGCUUCAAGUUCCCUCAUAUUGAGGGAACUAAAAUUGCCUUUCAGUGAUGUUGAAGAUCAAGUGAUCACCGUUGGUAUGAAUGAGGCAUUGAGCUUACUGAAGGCUGCUCUUACAUCACCAUCAUCAGCUCUAACAAAUGGCCUAGCCUCCUUUUUGCAGAAGAAGAAGCUGGAAGCAUAA